AUGUCAAAUCUCGCGAAACUUGAAUUUGUGGCUCUUGAUAUUACUGGAAAGAACUAUUUAUCAUGGGUAUUAGAUGCUGAAAUCCAUUUGGCUGCAAAGGGUCUUGGUAAUACUAUCACAGCCGAAAAUAAUGAAUUGGAUCAAGAUAAGGCCAAAGCUAUGAUAUUCCUUCGCCAUCACCUUUAUGAGGCUCUAAAGAAUGAAUAUUUAACUGUUAAAGACCCAGAGGUGCUUUGGAGUAAUUUAAAGGAAAGAUAUGACCACCAGAAAAUUGUGAUACUUCCCUUAGCUCGUUAUGAAUGGCUAAAUUUAACACUGCAAGAUUGUAAAUCUAUCAGUAAUUACAACUCAGCCAUACCAUGCAGUAGCAGUGGUCGAGGCCGUGGUAGAGGUCGUGGCCGUGGAAGAGGAUAUAAACCUGCUAGAGGUCGAGGUGGUUAUGGACCUAGUGGAGGUCGAGGUGGUUAUGGACCUAGAAGAGGUCGAGGUGGUCACUCCAAGAACUCCUAUUCUCACCAGAAGUGGGACAAUAAAAAUGGUACCAAACACGAGAAGGAUAAUGCGACCAAUGUGUGCUACCCUUAUGGAGGAAAUGGUCAUUGGUCUCGUGUAUGUCGUACCCCAAAGCAUCUUAUUGAUCUCUACCAGCAAUCAUUGAAGGAAAAAGGAAAGAAGGUAGAGACAAAUCUUGUGUUCGAGGAUGGUGACGGUGAUUUUGAUCAUGACAAUGCAACGCACUUGGAAGUUGCUGAUUUCUUCACCACCCCCGAAGGGAAUAAUUGA